AAAAAAAAGUGUUUCAAAAAAAAAAAAACAGAGAGGCAGAGACGAGAGAGGAACCCUACGCAUCGAGCCAGGCAGCGAGCCACCGGCCGCCGCUCGUCAAAUCCGGCGCCCCGUCUAACCCCGUCCAGUUCAUCUGCUUGUCCGGCGAGGCGGCGACCCCGCUCGCACGGCUUCACCUGCUGCACUCCGCUGCUCGUGCGCGACCUCGCCCGGCCUCUCAUCCAGCGACGCCCCGCCUCCGGCCUCCCGUCACCAUCCGGCCGUCCGGCGACCUCGCCCCGCCUCCGGCCUCCCGCCACCGUUUAGCCAACCAGCUUAUGGGGCCGUGAAUCUCAUGGACGAGGGCCUUGCCGCUUCCGAACCCGGCCCGUCCGUCGCCAAGCGGGCUCGGUUUAUGGGGCCGCAUGCAUCCAGUAGCUCAGGCGCUGACCCUGAGAUGGAGAUCCAAGCACUAGUCUCGAUGGCCAGCGGACUCUACCCGUUGGCACGGGCGGAGGCGCUCAGCGGCCUCGCUGCGGUCCUCAAGAAGGUGAAUGCCGGCGGCGGGGUUGUGGAGUGCUGCUACGCUUGCACGGAGAAAUUGCUGAGGGACGAAGACGAGGGUAUCAGGUUGGCCGCUGUGCGAUUGGUUGGCCUUUGUGCGGAGAAGUUUGCCAUGAGAGAGGAGUUGGGUGGUGAUGGUGACCAAAUGGACUGGGUUUUCCUACAGCUUAGCUCCAUGGCUAGGGACAUGUGUACAGAAGUAAGAAUUGAAGCAUUCAACGCACUUGCCAAAAUGCAGAGAGUAUCGGAAGGUGUUUUGCUUCAGUCGCUGUCUAAGAAGAUCAUAAAAACUGACACUGGGAGUGCCUCUAGCAUCAAAGGGAAAAAACUACCACCUAAAUUAUCAUUCCCCUGUGCUGCUGGCAUAUUUGCGCAUGGGGUUGAAGAUGAAUUCUAUCAGGUCCGAACAAUUGCAUGUAAAACGCUGGGAGCUCUUGCAAAGCUUUCAAACCAAUAUGCACAGAAGGCCUUGGACUUGUUGAUGGACAUGAUGAAUGAUGAUAUAGAAGCAGUUAGACUGCAAACUUUGCAGGCACUGUUUGAUAUGGCAACAUAUGGAUGUUUGAGCAUGCAGGAGAAGCACAUGCACAUGUUCCUUGGCAUAUUGAUGGAUGCCAAUGUCGUAGUUCGAAAUGCAGCACGCAAGAUCCUAGGGUCAGUGAAUCUGCCUAAACUUCAAAUGUUUAAAUCUGCACUUGAUGGUCUCAUUGCGGGUCUGAAGAAAAAUCCGGAGGAUCAAGAUAUAUAUGGCGUUCUGUUUUCCAUUGGCAAGAAUCAUGGGAGCUUUUCAGCCAAUAUAGCCAAACAUUUAGCCAAAGAGAUCAAUAUGGCAUCUGAUGGAGAGCUGAUCUUGGAUAAACCUAGAAUCAAAGCAUUGUUAAUGGUUUCUGUCUCGGCUGCUUAUGAUGAUAAAGACAAAAAACUGGAUAUACCCACAGUUAUAUUUUCACAUGCAAUUCCCCUAUUUGGGAUGAUCUCGUGUGCACUAGCCGAAGAUGAACAGGAUUCACUCUUAUCCUAUUUGUAUCGUCAAGCUGGAAUGCAGUUUUGGGAAAAGAAGUUAGUGUCUGCAGAAGGUGGAGAUUAUGAAUGUUUCAGUGUUGAAACUGUGGGAGGAACUCAUGCACAGGUAGAAACGACUGGAAAAACAACCAAGUACUUAGAUGAAGUCGUGAUAAAGCAAUCGACAAGGAUCAUAUUAGAAACAGUUAAAGGAGCCUGGGUUAUGAUAAAGCCGUGCAGUAUAGGAGAAGUUCAAAGUACUCUGAGAACAUGCAAAGAAGAAGUCAAUAGCUUAGCUGUAAAUUCUUCUGGAUCAACUAGUGCGGUGUUGAGCUUUGUAUGCGACUAUCUUGAUGCAGUACAGCUCAUUGUUGAAAUAUGGUGGUUCAUUCAGUUGGAUGAUUCUCAUGCUUUUGGCCCCACAUCACUUGAUAUUUUGCUUGAGAAGUUGGAUACAUCUGUGAGAAGGAUGAAAUGUUGUUAUGCUGGAUUGAAUAGAGAACUGGAGGUUCAAGUUUUGGAGUUUGCUUUGUUAGCUAUUUUAUGUAGACUGUCCGAGUUUGGAACAUGUUCAAAAUUAGUGCUAGAUAAGUUGCAUUGGAUAAUUAAUCACAUUGAUGGUCUGUGUGCCGAUGGAUCCUAUGAACUUUCCGACUUCAGCAAAGAAGUUAAGAAAGUGUUUGAUGAUAACUUUAUCGACGGCACUCCUAUUGUCAACAUUUGCACCUUUCUUGAAAUCUUUGAUCUAAAACCAGCAAGAGAUUUUGAAAUGCUUAAUGCUACAACUGCUGUGCUGCAAGUCCGGGAUACAGAUUCUGAAAAUCCGUUAUCAUAUGUUUAUGGAUUACCCGUGGGCGUGGCGUUUGACAUGUCUCUGUGCAAUACCUCUAGUCAUGAUAGAAUAUGGCUCCGCAUGGUUGCUGGUCAGUCCGUCCAACAUGUCUUCUUAGACUUGUCUUGUUUUGAGGGCAAUGAUAAGAUGAAGAGCUGCUCCAGAGUCAUUCCUUUCUAUGCUACCCCAAUGGCAUGUUCAUUUGUUCUGAGGGCAUGCUUGGUAAUUGAAUGCCCAUUUGGAAGUAUCGGCACUCACCAGGAAGGACAUGGAGGGCCAAGAGAUUGUGUAGUGCAACUAUGUGAUGAAUUGGAUGUCUACUUUGUUAGUGCUGAUACCGAGCAAAGGCAAUGGUCGAAAUGAUAGUGGUCAUUUGCACCAAGUUCUUCAGCAUGCCCCCUUUGAUCGACUGCACCAUUGUGUUCUAACAUCAACUGCGAUCAAGUAAUAUGCGAAGGCAGUUAAAAUACCAGUAGUGACUAAUGAGGAGUUUCAUAUGAUUAGUUGUUUCACUGUAGUAUCAGAUCAAACUCUGAUUAGUUGUUUUCUUUAAGAAUGGAGAAUUUUUCUAUGGCAUGUGACCAGAAGAAACGUUAUCUCAUAGCCGAUAUAGUACUAGCAAGAACUCUGGGUAAAGAAUUUGGCUGCGCUGAUAUUUUGGUAGCAGUAAGCAGGAACAAAGCAGUUACCCGACCACUAAGAUGUGUUGCUGUUGCUAGGGUAUGUUUACUUCGCGGCGUAUGUAUAUGUAAGGGUUUGGCAUAUGACUAAAGAAUUGAAAAUUCUGUGAAUUUUAUGAGGCUGCUGAAUUAGAGGCUGCAGAGGCCAAUGUUAACCUUGUGCACGUA